GUUAAAUUCCUUUGAAAAAUCCAUAACGUGCUGAAAAAAUACAGCUAGUAUUACUUGUAGUUUUAUUUUAUACAAAUACGAAACCUGAAAGUUCUGUGGUAAAAAUUUGACCAAAUUUGACCUUUUGUACAUUUUAUUAUUUAACGUUAUUUUCCGAAUAUAAAUAAUUUUCACUCAUAAGAAAGAUGGCCCAAAUCAAAGUAUCUGCACCGGGCAAAGUGAUUUUAUACGGAGAACAUGCGGUGGUGUAUGGAAAAACUGCUGUAGCGAGUAGCUUAAGUUUGCGUACGAAUGCCGAAUUGAUCGAACUGCCUGAAAGCAACGAGAAGAUCAUUCAACUAGACUUCUCUAAUGUUAACUUAUCCAUUAGUCUGCCUAUACAACAAAUUCUAGAUUGUUUCUUUACUGCUAGUUUUAGCCAUGUUAAUUGUGAUACCAAGAUAAACGAAUUGCUUCAUUCUGUAAGUCAAUUUGUCAACACGCUGGAUCCUUUAUUGCAAAGGGAUACUCCUGAUUAUAAAAACCAAAAGACAAGUUUAGAAGCAUUCUUCUUCUCGCUCGUUUAUAUUAGUCAUAUGGAACAAAUAGAUUUGACAAAAACUGCUUUUAAAGUGCAUAUAUCCUCGAGUUUGGAACUUGGUGCUGGUUUGGGCAGUUCAGCAGCGUUUGCGGUAAGUCUCGCAGGAUGCCUUCUACGUUGGGCGCAAUUACAAAAGAACAUUCAAAAAAAUGCAUUCGACAAUGAGGACCUCGAAAAAAUCUCGAAUUAUGCUAAAAACUGCGAGAGAGUCACGCACGAGACUCCGUCCGGGAUUGAUAAUACUGUAUGCACGUACGGCUCGAUAAUAAAAUUCAGGGAAGACAAGAAGGAGAAAUUAACUUUUAUACCAGAUGUAAACCUUUUGCUGGUUAAUACGAAAAUUAUACGAGAUACAAAAAUUCAAGUGAUGAAAGCAGCGAGAUUGAAGAGUUUAUAUCCAUUGAUCAUCCAGCCCAUAUUGGACAGCAUGGAUAUUAUAGCGGAAAAGGCUUGGAAUAUACUUAAUGAAGCGAAUAGUCCAGACCUUCCAUCUACAAGUACAGGUAGUACUGCGGCAAAUUGGUGCGAUAAAUUAUCGAUUUUAGUUCACAUGAAUCAAGGAUUAUUAAAUGCAUUAGACGUGUCACAUCCGAAGUUAGAGAUGAUUUGUGCAACCGCAUGGUUGAACGGAUACGCGGGGAAGCUCACAGGUGCUGGUGGAGGUGGCUUUGCAUACAUUAUGUUAAAACCGCAUACUGAAAUGGCAAACCUCGGGCCUUUAAUAGAUCAAUUAGCAGAACAAGACUUCAAUGUCAAGAUGGCCAAAAUAGGUGGUGACGGAGUAAAACUUGAAUAUUAAUUUAAAAUAAAAAUUAAAUGACGUCUUUGAUAAAAGAAGAAAGUAAAAUUUUUUAUCUUUUGUACAUUUAACAGGGAUGACAGGGAAUAAAGCAUGUAUUUGUUAAAUACACGAAUUAUCACAUUGCAAAUGAAAAAAAUAACAAUAAAAUAUUCUUUCACGCUAA